GGUUUCUAGUGAUGGUCAUAACAUUGAGAACGAUGGAAGUCAAGUGUAAACCUAAGUUCUGGCUCAUGUAUUUUGUACAUCGAUUUUGGCGGUUGACCCCCCUCUACAUGAUAGUUCUGGCUGUGGGGACAAACCUCUACGACCACAUUGUGAAAGGACCUCUAAAGGCAGACGAGUUUGAAGAGUUCUAUCAGUGUAAAGACAAGUGGUGGUCUCAUAUGUUGUACUUCAACAACUUCUACAGGCCAGACAAGAAGUGCAUGACGUGGUCCUGGUAUAUGUCUGUUGACAUGCAGCUCUACGUGCUGUCGUCCAUCUUUGUUUACAUCACACACAGGAAGAGGAAACUAGGAGUGGCAUUGACAGUUGGUCUUCUACUAGGCGGCAUUGUCUCAGCAUUCAUCGCCGAAUACGUAAAUGGCGGACAAUUCGUACUCAUGGAUUUACGUUUCUUUGAAUACUGGAGCAAAGUGUACACGAUGCCCUAUACGCGCAUGUCUGUCUACGCCGUGGGUCUGUUGCUAGGGGUGGCGAUCACAGAACACAAGGGGAAGCCACUCAUGUCUUUGUUCAAUGCUUCAAUAGUGUGGGUGGUCGCCAUUGUUGUUGGUCUAUUUUUAGUCUUCAUCAACCACACCCAGUGGAGACCAAAUUCUGACCACUGGACAAACUGGCAACAGUCCCUGUACGAGGCACUGGUCAGACCGACGUGGGCGGUGUGUGUGGCGUGGGUUGUCUACGCUUGCUGCACUGGCCUUGGCGGUGUGGUUAACAGCAUCCUGAGCUGGCAGCCUUUCGUCGUGCUGUCCAGAUUGACCUAUGCCGUGUACCUGCUCCACCCCGUCGUCAUCACGUUUGUGGUCUACAGCAGACGGACACCAAUAUACCUGGACCCGUUACAUUUAUCCCUGGUGUACAACUACCUAGGUAAUGUAGUCAUAACCUACCUGUUGGCCGCCGUCUUCUCCCUGACCUUUGAAAUCCCAACGAUGGCCUUGGAAAAAAUUCUGCUACAAGGGAAGUGAAAAUCUGCCAAGAUAAUCAAUUUGUUAAGGCACCCGG